AUGUCAGCCGACGACGCAACCCAGCAGCAGCGAAUGCGGAGAGACGAUGCUCUUGUAUCUAGACAAGUAGCCCAAGCGCAGCGAGUUGUCUUUGAAGAUGUAAGCACGGUUGAAGACGCCCACCUUGUCAUUGUCUCGACGCGCGGAGAUCCGAUGUCAGCCAAGAGAAUCAGCGUUGGGGCUCGAACUUCGGAGUGGAUUGGUCAUAUGUCUGACCAAUCCUUACAGAUGCUCACGCAGAAUCGACUGGCUAGUUCGUCUACCUCUUCGAUUUCUACACCUAGAGAGCAACUUGACAAGUCAACCACAGAGUUUUUGAGGCAUCAUGGAGCGGGUUAUACUCUCUAG